UUCCUUCCAUCUGUGGUCAUGACGCAGAGAACCCGGAAGUCGUAGGUGUGUGCGUGUGCUGUCAACGAGAGAGGAGGCACUCACUGAGCUAAAGCUGUAUUUAAGGCAAGAUGACAGGACUGCCCCGCAGAAUUAUAAAGGAAACUCAGCGCUUGUUUGCAGAGCCUGUUCCAGGUAUUCAGGCAGAGCCAGAUGAGAGCAACGCUCGGUAUUUUCAUGUGGUGAUUUCUGGGCCCCAGGACUCACCUUUUGAGGGUGGUACAUUUAAACUAGAACUCUUUUUACCUGAGGAAUAUCCGAUGGCAGCACCUAAAGUCCGCUUCAUGACUAAAAUAUAUCAUCCCAAUGUAGACAAACUGGGAAGAAUAUGUUUAGACAUUCUGAAAGAUAAAUGGUCACCAGCUCUGCAGAUCCGCACAGUCCUUCUGUCAAUCCAGGCAUUACUAAGUGCGCCAAACCCUGAUGAUCCCUUAGCAAAUGAUGUUGCAGAGAAGUGGAAGACCAAUGAAGCUGAAGCUAUAGAGACAGCCAAGUCAUGGACCAGACUUUAUGCAGGAAACAAAUGAAGUGACGAGCAGCCUGUCAAGUGAAGACACAGACAGAAGUCAAGUGUGAACACAAGUCCUCAUGUUCUGCCAAUACCUCUUUUAUUUGUAUUUGAAGGACACAGUCAAAUUAAAAACAUGCACACUCAAGCCCACAUUCUAUAAAUAAAUAUGAAUAUAAUGAAAAGGGAAAAAACUGCUGACAAUUAGUAAAUGCAUUAUAGUAAAAUGACUCAUCUUUGUCCUACUUAACUCACUACUGUUUGCUCAGAGGUUAAGGUCUGCUCACCUGGCUUUCUUUGUACAUCAAGUCAGUCAACUGCUGCUUUUUUUUUUUAAGCUUUUCAAGAGGGGAAAAACUUGCAUCCCAAAUCUUUACUGAAGGGGGACAGAGCAGUGGAAUGGGGUGAGCAAAGAAGGGCAAGCUGUGGCCAGUAAGCUAUUUUUACAUUUAUUUUAACUUGUGUUCCUUUGUCACUGUUAAUUGAAAGCAACUAACAGCUACUAAUAGUUACCGCCUAUAGUGUAGUGUAAUAUCAACCUGGAAAUGCAGUGUUGGUCUGGCCAAUCACAAAACAGCUCUUCUUAUUUAACUCACAGAUAAUGAAAGCCAAAACUGAGCCUUUUACUGUUACACAUCACGUACAACACAUCACCUUUAAACCACUUCUAGCCAGAACUGUGUUAUAUGCUCGUCAGUGCUCUGGGGAGGUAAGAUAGGCUUUAUGGACCUUGACCUAGUAUGACCUUUUUGUUUUUGUUUGUUUUUAAUUUUAGAAUAUCAAGUCCUGUUUUAUUUUUUUCUUUUUAGUACUGUGCAGUUAAACUAAACUCCACUCAGCCCUUUUUACUUGUGCAUUGUCAGUCUGACACAACAACCUUCCUCUGAAUGGUAUUUACACCACCAAGCAGGGAUUCUAUUUGAGUUUUUAUUAAACAGUGGUACCUCUACUUACGAAAUUAAUUAGUUCCAGAGGUCGUUUCAUAACGCGCUUUUUACAUGUAAAUAGCCUAAUCUGUUCCAACCCCACUCCCCACGCCCAUAAAAUAAGUAUUCAUAGUACCUAAUGUAUAGAAUACAAAUUGUUGAUUUACCUUUGGCGUUGGUCGAAGAGAAGGGUGAGUGAGAAGCAAAACACAUCGUGGGGAACAGAGGAGGAAGCAAACGUUUGACAGCUGAGAGGAAACACAUACCAAUCGUGAAGAAAAUACACUAAAAUUGCCAAAAACAAAUUUAAAAAAUCAUGAAUAAGUUGUACUUUUCCAAUGUGCGCUAGCGAGUAACAGCGUGUGAAAGUGCUAGCGUGUGAUUCAGUGACACUCGAGUAUCGAAGGGAAACAAAAAGGAUCAUGAGUAAAGAUUGACCUCCCUCCCAGCCAAUGGAAUGCUAGGGAGCUGCUCCAGCGAUAGCCAAUGGGAAACCAGCUCUAUUGCACCACUUUCAAACAAAGAUACAGGAUAUUUACAUUCGGUGGAAUUUGGGUGCUGCCAAUCCAGGGCUUAUUUCUGCCUUUUGUAUCCUGAUUUCUCUAACUAAAGACAGUAUUUUUCCAAGGAGGCGUUUUGUAACCUGAAUUUUCCGUGACUAAAGAUGUUCGUAAGUAGAGGUGUCGCUGUAUUUAAUAAAUCAGGAUUGGAAUGCCAUAUAGUGAGUGCCAUGAAAAAGUAUUCGCCCCCUUCCUAAUUUUUUUUUUUUUUUUUCACAUCUGUCACAUAGGUUUCAAAUCAUCAAACCAAUUUUAAUGACGCUCUGAGAAAACCCAAGGAAAUACAAAAUUGAGUUUUCAAAUGACAAUUCAAUUUAUUAAGGCACAAAAAAAAUCCAAACCUUUUUUUACCCUCUGUGAAAAAGUAAUUUCCCCCUGAACCUAGUAACUACUUGUGCCACCCUUGGCAGGAAUAACUGAAAUCAAGAUUUUUUGAUAAUUGGUAAUGAGUCAUUCACAUUGCCCUGGAGGAAUUUUAUCCCACUCUUUGAAGAAUUGUUUUAACUCUGCCAUAUUGGAGGGUUUUCUAGCAUGAACUACCUAUUUAAGGUCAAACCACCGCAUCUCAAUUGUAUUUAAAUUCAGACUUUGACUUGGGCACUCCAAAACUAUUUUUUUUUUUUUUACCCAUUCAGAGGUGGACUACCAGGUGUGUUGAGGAUUGUUGUCCUGCUACAUGAGCCAAGGGCGCUAUAGUUUGAGGCCACAAACUGAUGGAUGGGCGUUCUCCUUCAGGAUUUUCUGGUACACAGCUGAAUUCAUUGUUCGAUCAAUCACAGCGAGUUGCCCUGUUUCUGAGGCAGCAAGACAGACUGAUUGAUUUACAUCACUUUUCGUUCUCGUUUCUUCUUGAAUUUUUUUGGACUGUGGUAUGCUGCGUUGGUUCUUGAGAUCUUGUCGCCUACCUCACGUUCUCUGACAUUCUAUUUCAGUGAUUUCUUGUUUCAACAAGUAUCAGGUUUGGGUUUGGCUUGUGAAAUUGAACUCACCUUUCCCAAGUUUGCGGUUAGUCUCAGUAACUGUAACUUAACAAUGGUGGUGGUGGUAGAGGGGUUACUUUUUCAGAGGCUCAGAAAGGUUUUGAUUUUUUUGUGUGCCUUAAUUGAAUUGUCAUUUGACAGCUGCAUUUUGUAUUUCCUUUGAUUGCCUAAGAGUGAUAUUAAAAUCUGUUUGAUUGAAACCUGUUGUGUGGGAUAGAUACGCAAAACAAACCAUGAAAUCAAAUACUUUUCCAUGGAACUGUGUGUUUCGGGGGUGUGAUGUGAUCAUUGUCCUCCAAUUUAGGUCAGUGUAUGAUUGGACACCUGACAAAGUUUAUGGCCGCAGUCAAUUUAUCUGUAAAUGUUUUUUUGUUUUUUUUUUUUCUCAUAAAUCAUCUGGGGAGUAACAUUUUUCCUGUUCUGAGAAUGAUAUGGAAAACGAUCAUCUGCAUACAUUUCAAUUCUGUAAAUAAAAUCAGUUAGUUAUUAAA